CCUGAGUAUGUGUCACAGAGGCUUGCUAUAAAAGCCUGUGGAGCGCUCGAACACUCAGUUCUGCUGACCUGGAGACCCCGCCGUCCAGAAUGAAGACUCUCCUCCUAGUGGCGUUUGUUGGAUGCCUCGAGCAGUUUAAUUCAGUUCCAGAGACCUCAGCCAAUUCCAUUAAAUGGUGUGCUGUGGGCGUCGCUGAGAUGGCCAAGUGUGGCGUAUGGAGCAUGAACUCCGUGACUGGUGGCCAGCCCGACAUUGAAUGCCAGAAUGCCGUCACAGCUGACGAUUGCGUGAAGAAGAUUAUGAAUGAAGAGGCUGACGCGAUUACACUGGAUGGAGGACAGGUGUACACUGCUGGGAAAUGCGGUUUGGUUCCUGUUAUGGUGGAGCAGUAUGAUCAAGAGCUGUGCGGCACCUCUGGAGCCGCCUCCUCUUACACAGCCGUCGCUGUGGUAAAGAAGGGUUCAGGGGUGACCUGGGCAAACCUGAGUGGCAAGAAGUCCUGCCACACAGGCCUCGGCAAAACAGCCGGCUGGAACAUGCCCAUGGGCCACAUCUACAACCAGACUAAUGACUGUGACUUCAACGUGAUUGCCUUUACCACACCUCUGAGUGUAACACCAACACAUCUUGCUGACCAUGUCUUCUCCUCCUCCUCGUCCUCCUCCUCAGCUACGUUCUUCAGUGCUGGCUGUGCCCCCGGAUCAGAUCCCAACUCUCCAUUCUGUACUCUGUGUGUCGGCAAUGAAAAUGGAGAUCACAAGUGCAAAGCCAAUUCUGAUGAGCGGCACUAUGGCUACGCUGGAGCCUUUAGAUGUCUUGUGGAGGGUGGCGGCGAUGUCGCCUUCAUUAGACACACAACUGUUCCAGAAAACAGUGAUGGUAAUGGUCCAUCAUGGGCUAGCGCUGUGCGUUCUGCUGACUACGAGCUGAUCUGCCCCGGUAAGGGUCCAGUGCCAAUCACCGAUUACGCCUCUUGCAACCUCGGUGUCGUGCCCGCACACGCAGUGGUGACUCGUCCAAAUCUCGGCAACAAGGUGGUCCGUAUUCUCCAGGACCAGCAGUCCAAGUUUGGUCCUGAUGGCAGUAAUCCCUCAUUCAGAAUGUUCGAGUCAGGUGCAGGAAAGAACCUCCUCUUCAAGGACUCUACCCAGUGUCUCCAGGAGCUUCCACGAGGAACAUCCUAUGACCAGUUUUUGGGAACAGAAUACAUGAAUGCCAUAAACACUCUGAGGCAGUGCAGCGAUAACACCCCAGAUCUGGAGAAUGCUUGCACACAAAACUAGUGCCGACAAUGGAUGAGGCGGUGCCUCAUUCGGCCCUCAGUGAUUCAAGCACCUUAGCCACACUUCCCACACUAGACCCAAAAAUUGCCUGGUGUGUUUUCCUUCUGAUCUUGCUGUAGACCUGUUUUUUUUUUU